AUGUCAUCUACAAUUCCCGCUUCCUCGUCGUUGUGCAUGUUCCCCAGUCUUCUCUCUCGAGCCCCAGACCACGGCGAUCGUGUACAUCUCGACGCAGAAUUGCACUGCGUAGCAUUCCAGUUGGAUGUUGGGCUCGAGGCUGAACUCUUCUGCGACAGUAACGGACUUCAUCCUGCGAGCCUGUUCCAGCUUUCAUGGGCCUUGGUGCUCGCCUGCUUUGUAAAAAGUGAUCACGUCGUCUUCAACUUCGUGGAUCUCGAGCAUGGCCAACGCACAAGGAUUUUGUCAAACAUCGAUCGUGGCUUCUCUGCAGCAGAAGCGGUGCAAGCAUUGCAACAGAUAGAAGAUGUAGUGUCUUCGGCGGACGAUGAAGCUCAGGCAGCCCCACAAGCUGGUAUUAACACCGCCCUUCGCGUAUCACGUGACGGUGAAGGAAUUGCAGCCCACCAGCACUCUCUGGGGGCUCCGAAAGAUGAUGCGCGUUUCGACAUCAUAGUGGACGUGGAUGUUUCCGGAGACGUUGUCUCCAUCUCGUUUCAAUGCAGCCCCAAGCUCUUGUCUCGAGACCUGUCGGCUGGGCUUGCGAGUACUUUUGGAAGAACCGUCCUUAGCAUUAUGGAGCAGCCACAUUCACUACCCCAACUUCUGGAUCCUAUACAAGAAUCUGCCAAAGUCCAAGUCCAUCUGCCUGUCAAAGCUGGCUCCGCUGUGCACCAGGAAGCAGAGUCCAGCUAUGGGACUUGGAUCUCUCUAGAUCAAGUUGAACAGCAAAUAUCAAUCAACUUUCCCGGUGUCUCUGCGGUCGCGACCACAAUGGUCACCCUGAAUCAUUCCUCCAGCCGUUAUCAGCGGCUGAUUGCCUUCCUCACAAUGUCUGACCGUGAUGGUCUUCCCGAGGAAGCGCUUGCUCUGGAUGAGAGGACUCACGUGAGCAAUAGCAUCGAAGAGUUAAGACGAGUGCUCUUUACCAAUCUCCAGCCGGGCCUUGGCCCACCUGCGCUCAUCCCCUUAUCUCACAUGCCUCGUUCCGCCGACGGAAGCGUGGCUCAUACAGACCUGCUGGCCUUUUUCUCUGCCCUUCCUCAGUCUCGCUCAUCAGAGGUGGACGACACAUGGGUUCGUGUUUCCACGCCCUCUAAUGUUAGUGACGAAGCGGAGAUCUUGAUAGAAACGAGUGUAGAAGCGCAGAGGCUAUUGACAGCGUCUGAGGAGAAGAUGCGUUUGUUAUGGGCUGAAGUUCUUUCCGUCGCACCUGAACAGCUCGGACCCGAGGAUAGCUUCUUCCUCUACGGUGAUUCCGCUUCGGCUAUGGACCUUGUUGCUGUAGCCACACGAGCAGGCUUAGCAUUGACAGUAGCCGACAUUUUCAUUACGCCAACGUUGGCGGAACUUUCAGCAAAUACCUUGCCGAUUGGCGAGGGCGAGAUGGAUCUCGACUUGAGUCCUUUCGAGCUGCUUCCACAACAGCUUUCUACCAUCGACGUUGUGCGUGCAGCUGCCGUGCAGUGCGACGUAGACGCCAGAAGUGUAGUGGACUUAUAUCCCACAACUGCUCUCCAAGAAGGUCUCUUUGCCCUCACCUUCACUGGAAAGGCAUCAUACAUCUUACAAUGCGUUUGCCGGAUGCCUCCUUGGUUGAAUAUCAAGCGUUUCAAGUCCGCUUGGGAAAAUGUUGCCCAAGAGUUUCCGAUCCUCCGCACACGGAUUGUGUAUCUCGAGUCCACUGGCACCGUCCAGGCUGUGCUUAGUCAAGAAAGUGUCGAAUGGCGAUCCGGAAGCGACCUUUCUGAUUACCUCGCCCGGGACAGAGCUACUUCAGUCGAGUAUGGUAGUGUUUUGUCCCGACUCGCUAUCGUUGGUCAAGCUCAACAGGAGUGGCAUUUUGUCUGGACUAUACACCACGCACUGUACGAUGCUUGGAGCAUGGCACUAAUACUGAACGCGGUCGAUCGCCUAUACGGAGACUCAACGUAUGCCCUGUCAUCGCACGUGUCUUUCAACCGCUUUGUCAAGCACGUCACGGAUACUGAUACGAUACAAUCGAAAGACUUUUGGUCCUCGUAUCUUCAAGGCGCGAACAUCGCGCCUUUUCCUCAGGCAAACCAGGCUACCGGUACAGGUCCGAGUCAUGACACGCUGACCUCUGAAGUGAGCCUUCAACGCGCGGUUGCAUCCAACAUCACCGUUGCCACUAUAGUCAGAGCUGCAUGGGGUGCUGUUGUUGCCAGAUACUCUGACUCCGACGAUGUGGUAUUUGGCUCCACCUUGACUGGCCGCAAUGCCCCGGUUACUGGCAUAAGUGACAUCGUUGGGCCAACCAUCGCCACGGUUCCAGUGCGAUGUUCCAUCGACCGCACGCAUACAUUCGCCCAGCACCUUCAGCGAACGCAAGAUGAGAUGAUCGCUAUGAUCCCAUACGAACACGUCGGUCUCCAGACUAUUAGACGCUGGGGCCAGGAUACACUAGUUGUACCAGAUUUUCAAAACCUUCUCGUAGUUCAGCUAGCAUCCGACGAUCAGAAUGGCAAGAGACACACAGGCCUAGAGUUCAGUCUCCGCGCGACCGCCGGAUCUGAAAACUACGCGGUCAUGGUCGAAUGCACGCUGAAAGAGGCCGGAAUUGUCAUCCAUACCGAAUAUGACCAGAACGUCAUAUCAAAACUUCAAAUGGAAAGGGUGAUCCGGCAGUUCCAACAUGUGUUGCUCCAGCUGAACACCGAGAGUCAAACCGUAACAAUGGCCGACUUGGAACUAGUAUCACCGUAUGACUUGCGGCUUGUUGAGCAAUGGAACAACCAGGAGCUGCCCAAAAAGAUGGCCUGUAUUCACCAAUUGUUCGAGGAAGUUGCCCGUGCCCAGCCAGAAGCGCAAGCUAUCUGCUCAUGGGAUGGCGACUUCUCGUAUAGCCAGCUUGAUUACCUGUCGACUACUUUUGCCCUGCAUCUCCAGAGUCUUGGUGUGAAGUCGGAGGUUAUUGUUCCCAUGAUGUUUGAAAAAUCUGCUUGGGCACACGUAGCCCAACUCGCUAUAUUGAAAGCUGGCGGCGCUGUUGUCUGUCUUGAUCCUAGCCACCCGGAGGGCCGCAUCCGGAGGAUCCUCGCGGACGUUGGGGCUACUGUUGUGCUUACUACCAGUGCGUUCUUGAAUCUCCUUCAAGACAUCCAGCAUUUGGUCACUGUUGAUGCAGACUCGGUCAAGCGUAUCUCUCGGCUCAUUAAACCUGACCAGACCCUGAAGCGAGAUGUGCAUCCUUCUAAUGCUGCUUUGGUCAUCUAUACGUCAGGCUCUACCGGUGAGCCUAAAGGAGUCGUUCUGGAGCAUGCAUCCAUCUGCACGGGCAUGCAGGCACACGGAGACGCAUUACACAUCGGUCCGCAAACUCGUGCGCUAAACUUUAGUGCGUACGUGUUCGAUGCGAGUCUUGAGGAUAUCUACACACAACUCACGAGAGGAGGGUGCGUGUGCGUACCUUCGGAAACUCAGCGCCUCAAUGACCUCGCUGGUGCUGUCAGAGCGACAAGAGCUAAUUGGAUCGGUAUCACGCCCACAACUGCUAGAACCCUCGAUCCGAACAGCGUACCUAUGAUCGAAACCUUGAUUCUCGGUGGAGAGCUCAUAACACAGAAGCUCGUCGAUCAAUGGAAACAUCACGUAUCGUACAUGUACAACGGAUAUGGUCCCUGCGAGUCGACUUUGUAUGCUACUUUGAAUCCUCAACUUGGCAAGAACGGGCAACCCUCCAAUGUCGGUCAUGGUCUACACACAAAGCUAUGGGUUGUCGAACCAGGCAAUCCAGACAAUUUGGCCCCUGUCGGGUGUAGUGGAGAGCUCCUUCUUGAGGGCCCAUUGCUUGCACGCUACUAUUUGAACGACGCUGAGAAGACUGAUGCAGCGUUCAUUACGAAUCCUGCUUUCACUCGAAACCAGCAGCCUACAGAUCGGCCGCGUAGGAUGUAUCGCACUGGUGACCUUGUGAAAUACACCGAUGAUGGUAGCCUGGAAGUGCUGGGCAGAAUGGAUUCGCAAGCCAAGAUAAAUGGCCAGCGUCUUGAACUAGGCGAGAUCGAACAUCAUUUGCGAAAUUCUAGUGAUGUGGAAAGCGCGAUGGUCAUUCUAUCUAGCGAUCCCGACGGCACAAAGCGUAUUAUGGCCAUCUUGUCCUUUCAAAUUCUGCAAGACAAGGUAGUUGUUGCGAAUGACGACUUCAAGCUUAUUAUUGGAGAUCAGCGAAAAGGCAUCGAGCCUACAGUUGAUCAGCUACGCAAACAGCUUCAAGACGAGUUACCCAGCUACAUGGUGCCCACAGUGUGGGUAAUCGUGGACUCCAUCCCCCGUAAUACUUCGCAAAAGGUUGAUCGCGUCCGUGUAUCGAAGUGGGCAGCUUCUCUUGAUUCCGAGGCUUAUUCCGCCUUAAUGGGGGUUGGCGUGGAAGGCGAAACUACCGCGCCUGACACUCCAAUCGCUACGCAGCUCCGCAGCAUCAUCGCGCGGGUACUCAACAAACAAGAGGAGCAAUUGUCCAUGAACAAGUCAUUUGCCAAUCUAGGCGGUGACUCAAUUACAGCGAUGCAGGUCGUGUCACGAUGCCGCGCGGAAAGACUAAGGCUGUUUGUCAAAGAUAUAUUGCACAGCGAAAGUCUUGCACAACUUUCGGAGCUUGUGGAGACCAUGGACAACACAGCGACGGCCUUCGGUGUUUCGAAUGAAGAGCUCAAUCGUGCUUUUGCGCUUUCUCCAGUCCAGCAAUUCUAUUUCGAGGCAAUGGGACAGAAGCCGACGCAAUUCAAUCAAGCCUUCUUGCUAAAAGUUUUGCGACCCGUGUCUGUACCGCAGCUGAGAUUUGCGAUCGAAGCGGCAGUCAAGAAGCACUCCAUGCUCCGCGCAAGGUUUGAUCGGCAAGGCGAUGCGUGGUACCAACAUAUAACCGACAACGUAGCUGGGUCUUUUCGAUUCCGCAUUAAAAACCUAGCUUCAGAAGAGGAUGUAGGUCAAGCUUUUCUUGAGUGCCAGCGUGGCUUAGACGUUGAAAAUGGCCCGCUUCUCGGAAUGGAUUAUUUGCAGUUGCAAGAUAGCUCACACUUUCUUGUGCUCGCUGCGCACCACUUGGUCAUUGACUUCGUAUCCUGGCGAGUUAUUCUUAAGGACUUGGAAGACUUCCUUACUGUAGGAUAUGCCAGUGAUGGUACUCCUCUCUCGUUCCAGACAUGGACAAAACUGCAAGCUGAGUACGCGUACGAGCAUAUUGACCCACAGGUGGCAUUGCCGUUCGAUAUAAACGACCCAGAUUUUGAUUACUGGGGAAUGGCAGAAGAACCUAAUUUGUACGGCGAUAUUGCAUGCCACACUUUCCUGCUCGAUCAAGACACUACGAGCCACAUCUUCAGCGACUGCAACAGCCCCCUCUCAUCCGAGCCAGUCGAGAUCCUCACUGCAGCAGCUAUUCACUCGUUUUGUCGGACAUUCACAGACAGAGAAACACCUACUGUCUGGAGAGAAGCUCAUGGUCGAGAGCCCUGGAGCGCGGACAUCGAUCUCUCAUCGACCGUAGGAUGGUUCACUAAUCUCGCGCCGCUGCAAAUUAAUGUGCCCGUGGAUAAUGAUAUUGUCACAACCCUACGAGCUGUGAAGGAUACAUCUCGACGGCUUCCUCAGAACGGCUGGCCGUACUUCACCUCGCGUUAUCUCACUGCGAACGGACGGGAGAAAUUCAAGAACCACAGCUCUAUCGAGCUCCUCUUCAACUACGUGGGAAGAUUUCAGCAGCUGGAGGGCGGAGAUACCUUGUUUCAGCUACAGGAGCCCCACAUAGAGGAGCUUGAGCCUGCUGUGGGACGAGAUGUUCCUCGGAUGUCAUUGCUGGAGAUUUCGGUUUCCCACACCAGCGAUGGGAAGCUCAAAUUUCGCAUCUUGUACAAUGACAGGAUGAAGCAUAUCGAUUUUAUUUAUCGCUGGGGGGCAGCUUAUGACCAGACCCUACGAGACGCGGCGGCGCUCUUACCAGGGAGAAAAUUAGAGAAAACACUUAGCGAUUAUCCCCUGCUGCGUUUUGAUUACAAGGGACUUCAGACACUUAGAACGGAGCGGAUCCAACAGCUGGGCCUGUUUGAACUUGGCGAUAUCGAGGCCGUGUACCCAACCGCGCCAAUGCAAGAAGCGUUACUUGUCGGACAAGCACUGCACGCUGGUGCUUACGAGACCAACGCGACGCUCGAGGUGACUACUACCAAUCGCCAGACCCCGGUCGAUGUAGACCGUCUGCAAGCUGCGUGGGAAACGGUCAUCGCUUACCACCCAAUGCUCCGUACCAUCUUUGCAGAUAGUGUUGCGGAAGAAGGGUUGUACGAUCAGGUCGUCUUAAAAUCGUUCAAUGGCUUCACCCGACGAAUCCGCUGCGAAGACGAGUGUGGACCUGCUACGCUCAUAGCACUGGAGUACAUGAAGCUUUCUAAGACCAAGCCACUCCAUCGAUUCGUCAUUUGUACAACUCCAAGUGGCAAGGUCUACUGCCGUAUGGACUUCCACCACGCGAUGAUUGAUGCAACUUCUCUCCGCGUACUCCUCGACGACAUCCGUCUAGCAUACGACGGUGGUCUGAACCUCGGAAAUCAACCGCAAUUCAGCGAGUACAUCAAGUAUUUGCAAACUAAAUCGCUUGGCAACGCUCUGGGCUACUGGGAAGACCGCUUGUCGCAGGCGAGUCCUUGUCACUUCCCUGUAGCCUCCGUAAGUGAGGUGGCCGUGAAGGAAAUGCGAGAGCUAGAGGCAGACCUCCAGUUCAUCCGGCCACUGCUGCGGAACUUCAUUUCUAGAACGGGUGUGACACUGCCCAAUCUUGUGCAGACUGCGUGGGCGCUGGUAUUACAUAGCUACUCUGGGCUUGACUCGGUGUCGUUUGGGUAUCUUGUCUCCGGACGAAACGUUGAUGUUAAGGGAGUAGAUCGCAUCGUGGGGCCUUUGAUCAACAUGCUCGUAUGCCACGUAGAUGCUGCUACCUCUACCAACGUCAUCGACCUCCUCCAUGCGACUCGCGAUCAGUACGCCGAAUCUCUGGACCACCAACACGUAUCGCUGGGUCGUGUCCAGCAUACCAUCGGAUUGAGCGCUGCAACUCCCCUAUUCAAUACCGCAAUGUCCUCUCUACAUAAUUCGUCCACCAUAUCAAAAUUCCAAUCCCGCAAUGCCCAAGCCAAACGUCGCGAACUCUUCUUCGACGUUUUGCAUUUCCACGAUCCCACCGAAUACGACAUUAUCUUCACCCUGAAAGCGGACGAUCACAAUCCAAACAUCACUUUCGCAUAUUGGUCACCCAGGGUAAGUGACUGGCUUGCAAGGAACGCCUUGGCCUCUCUCACCUCGGUCAUACGCUCCCUGAUCGAAGUCGCCUCGGUCGACGGCCCGCUUUCAGAAUUGGAAUCCGUCAGUAGCCGCGACCGGGAAAUUUUACAAAAAUGGAACAAUACCCCAGUCGAAGAAGAGUACGUAUGCAUCCAUCAUGUCAUACAGCAGAGAGUCAAGGCUACGCCAAACGCCGAAGCCAUCUGCAACGCGAACCGCUCGAUGACGUACGGAGAAAUGGAUGGUCUUUCGACAAGACUAGCAGCCGAGCUUCAGAGAAAAGGUGUAGGUCCUGAGGUUGUCGUGCCCAUCUGCUUCGAGAAAAAUACAUGGGCGGUGGUGGCUAUACUGGCUUGCCUGAAAGCUGGCGGGGCUUACGUUCCUCUUGAUCCAAGGCAUCCAGAAUACAGAAUUCGCCAGAUCAUCGAAUCGAAGGGCGUAUAUGGGAAGCUGAUCCUUACUUCGGAGAAUCAGGCUAGUUUAUUCAGUAGCUUGGAUUGCGAAACUCUUGUUGUGGACGAAAAGAGAUGUCAGGGGUUUCCUAAUACACCGCUAGCCAAGGAAACAGUAACGCCGAAGAAUCUUGCCUAUGUCAUCUUCACUAGCGGUACAACCGGCAAGCCCAAAGGCACCAUGAUCGAACAUAGGGCCUUCGCCACGAGCGCUCGAGACCACAGCAAGGCCAUGGAAAUCAGCAGCUCGAGUCGCGUACUGCAGUUCUCGAGUUACGUCUUCGAUGUAAGUGUAAUGGACAUACUGACUACACUCAUGCAGGGCGGUUGCAUCUGCAUCCCUACGGACGAAGAACGCGAGUCCAUGGAGAUCGUGGGCGCGAUCAAUCGAAUGAGAGUCAACUGGACUCUUCUCACGCCAAGUUUUGUGACUAUCAUCGAGCCGUCACAAGUGCCUGGUUUGAAGACGCUAGUGCUCGGUGGAGAAGCAAUGUCCCAGAAACAUGUGGAGAUUUGGGGUCCGCAUGUUAGGCUUAUGAAUGCUUAUGGGCCCACAGAAGCGUCCGUUCUGGUCACUAUCAACACUCACGUCACGGAUGCGACCAACAUUGGACACGGCGUCGGCGCACUUACCUGGAUUGCGGACCGCAACAACGCUGACCGGCUCGUUCCUAUGGGUGCUGUCGGUGAACUUCUCCUCGAGGGGCCUACGCUGGCAAGAGGGUACCUUAAUGAACCUGCGAAGACGCGCGCUGCUUUCGUCGAUUCGCCGAGCUGGGCACCUGGGCGCCGCUUCUACAAGACUGGAGAUCUUGUACGCCUCCGUGAGGACGGAAGCCACACUUACUUGGGCAGAAAGGAUUCGCAAGUUAAAGUGCGCGGUCAAAGAUUGGAAAUCGGUGAGAUCGAGCAUCAAUUAGAUGCCAGCAGAAUCGUCCGCGAUGCAGUCGUUGUCAUGCCCACAGUAGGGCCGCGCCAGAAGACCUUGAUUGCGGUCGUAACGCUUACAGCACUACGUUUCCAUAAUCGCAACGGCAAGGCCCUGCAAAUUGUAGAUCAAUCGCUACAAGCUGGCCACGUACGAGAAGUCGCAGAUCAUCUUGGCCAAACACUUCCAUCUUACAUGGUCCCGGCCGUAUGGAUAGUCGUUGAAGCUAUGCCAUUGAACACAUCAGGCAAGCUCGACCGCAAGAGGGUCAUAAAGUGGGUUGAACGUCUGGGAACUGACUUCUAUCAUCGCAUUGCCACGGAUGACAACCUGACGAGCGAUGCAAGUUCACAACCCGCUACUGACAUGGAAUCUCAGAUCCGGACGAUGGUCUCCGAGAUCCUCAACAUCCCAAACAAGCAGCUCUCUCUGACACAGUCAUUCAUUGGCCUUGGCGGAGAUUCGAUCACAGCUAUGCAGAUGGUCAGCCGCUGCCGAUCACAGGGUAUUGCCCUCAAAAUGACAGAUAUUCUACGCAGUAAGACAAUGUCGAAAAUGGCGCAAGCUGCCAAGUCCAUCAGAAACACUCAGCAACAACACGUCGAGAUAUCACAAAAGCCGUUCGAGCUUUCACCCAUCCAACUAAUGUUCGAAGAGAUGGGCGGUAUUCCCGACAUGCGCUUCAAUCAGAGCUUCUACUUGCGUGUGGAUCGACCAAUAACGCACAAGAACUUGGAAAAGGCGAUCGCAACCAUCGUUGGACGUCACCCUAUGCUUCGCGCGCACUACCUCAAGAAUGCCGAAGGCAAUUGGCGGCAGUUUGUGCAGAGAACUGCUCGCGGUCGAUAUUAUACGGCGUCCCAUGAUUUAAGGAGGUCGAGCCUGGCCGUGUCUAUCAUGGAAGCUUCGCAGCACCGUCUUCACCCUGAUACUGGACCACUGUUCUCGGCCGAUCUGCUCAACGUGACAGGAGAUGGUCAAUUUUUGUACCUGGUUGCGCACCAUCUGGUCAUCGAUCUCGUGUCUUGGCGCAUCAUACUUCAAGAUCUAGAACAGCUGCUGCUCGGCCGCAAUCUCCCAACUUCCGACUCCCUGCCGUUCCAAUCAUGGCUGGCACUACAGGCGACGCACGCCUCCUCGCUGGAUGUCAACACUGUACUCCCUUUCCAGAUCCAGAGCUCCGACCUCGCGUACUGGGAUAUGGAAGGGAAAGCGAAUAUUUAUGCUGAUGUGGAGCGACACGAGUUCCCGCUGACGAAGGAUGUGAGCACGAGGCUACUGGAACAAUGUCACACUGCGCUGGGAACUGAGCCCGUUGAGAUACUCCUGGCUGCGCUGUUCCAUUCUUUCGCUAUUGUCUUCCCAGACCGAGCGACGCCGACGGUCUUUAGUGAGGGUCACGGACGCGAACCCUGGAACUCGAGCCUCGAUGUGUCGAACACAGUUGGGUGGUUCACUACGAUGUCACCUUUGCAUAUUUCGGUAUCUGGAGACAGCGUAAUCGAUAUUGUGCGAAAAACGAAAGACGUUCGGCGAUCCAUUACGCGGAAUGGCUUCGACUAUUUUGCUUCAAGGUACUUAACAGCUCAAGGGCAAGAAGCGUUCGGCAAGUCGGGCUCUAUGGAGGUGCUGUUCAACUACCUCGGGCAAUUCCAAGGUCUCGAACGUGAAGACAGCUUGCUACGCCAGCAGGCUCUUCCAGAGGGUGCCGCGCAGUCUGACUUCGACGAGAAGCUGACACGUUUCGCGCUCUUCGAGAUCAACGCCACGGUCGCGCAAGGUAUCCUUUCGUUCCAGUUCUUGUACAACAAACGCAUGGCACGCAAGGCGGAUGUCCUCCGUUGGGCGGGUACCUAUGCCCAAUCGCUGGACGACAUCACUGAAUUGCUGCCUACAAUGGCGAGCGAGAAGACGCUGAUCGACUUCCCUCUUGUGCCCCUCACAUACGGGGCACUUCAAAAUAUUCAAGAAACCAUUCUACCAGACCUUGGACUGACGAGCUUGGACGACCUGGAGGACCUGUACCCUCUAACUCCAAUGCAGAAUGGCUUGAUACUGUCCCAGACACGGAACUCUGAUACAUACAAAACGUCCUUCACCUUCAAGGUCACUUCAAACCGCUCAGGAAACGUCGACAGGCAAAGGCUGCUGGAAGCUUGGCAGAGCGUCGUGGAUUCGCAUGCUAUGCUUCGCACAGUCUUCACAGAUCGCACAAUACCAAACGGCGUCUUCUACCAGCUCGUUCUCGCGAAGUGCAAAGCAAACACUUUGCUGCUCAGCUGUGAGAGCGAUGAGGAAGCAGUCAGUCUGCUUGAGAAUUGGCCAGUGUUGGAGUAUACCGAUAGCGUGCCCCCCCACCGCUUCAUCGCAUGUCAAGUCCAUUCAGGUAGCAUCUUCUUCAGGUUCGAUGCGAACCACGCGUUGGUAGACGCAGAUUCAGUGGGCGUGUUGCUGCGAGAUCUAUCGCAGGCUUACGAGGGCAAAGAGCCACUCAGCGUUGGUCCGCUCUACAGUGACUACAUCAAGUACUUGGACUCGACGCCAAUGGAGACAUCAGUCACGUACUGGUCAGAGUAUCUCCAGCACGUUGUCCCAUGCUAUGUCCCUAUGAUCAACGACGUCCAGGACACCGUUUCACCUCUUCGCAGUAUCCAUCUCUCGCUCGGCAACUUAUCUAGCCUAAUGCGCAAGUUCUGCGCAACAUGCUCAGUCACCAUGUCUAGUGUCUUUCAUCUAGCGUGGAGCAUUGUCUUGCGUUUGUAUACAGGCGCCGAAGACGUAGCAUACGGUUAUCUCGUCUCCGGCCGCGAUGUUGCUGUCCUAGGAAUCACGAAAACAAUCGGGCCGUUCAUCAACAUGAUGGUGUCGCGUACGCGUCUCUCCCCAUCCGCCACCAUCUCCUCACUAGUGCAGAAAAAGCAGUCCGAGUAUGCCUCUGGCAUCGAGCAUCAGGCUUGCUCUCUGGCCCAGAUUCAACACGCACUGGGUCUAUCCGAUCAGCCUCUUUUCAACUCCAUGAUCUCAGUUCAAGCUUUAGGCAAUAAGAAGACAAGUGACGAGCUGGCACUUGCUUUUGAGGGCAUCAGCUCCCGUGAUCCAACAGAGUACGACAUCUCUCUAGGAAUUUAUUCGGACAACGAAAAUGCCGAAGCGCACUUCGGCUACUGGGCGGACAGGAUGAGCGACUGGCACGCUGAGAAUGUUGCGCAGACUUUUGAGAAGGUCUUGGAGCAGAUGCUGUCUUACCCGGAAGGCAAUGUUGAUAGCGUGCGACAACUCAGUGAGCGUGACAUGCGUCAAGUUCAAUCAUGGACCCCUCUGCAGCGGCCUGGAUCUGGUGCGCUGGUGCACAUACGUUUCGCAGACCAGGUCGCACGAGCUCCGAAAUCACUCGCAAUCGAAAGUUUCGAGGGGAGGAUCACUUACAGCGAGCUUGACGACAUCUCCACCAACUUCAGCCAGCACUUGAUUAACCUUAGUGUGCGCCCUGGGACUGUUGUACCCUUCUGUUUCUCCAAGUCGGCGUGGGCUAUCGUCGCCAUGCUGGCUAUCUUGAAAGCUGGGGGCACGGGCCUGCCACUUUCCCCAGACCAUCCUCUUGACCGCGUACGAACAAUGGUGUUGGAUUGCAGCGCCAAUCUGAUCAUAUGUGCGCCAGAUCAAGCCAGCAGACUCAGUGCGCUUGGCCUACAACUCAUUCACUUCUCCAAGUCGCUCGCCUCUACAAUUCCAAAAACAUCACCGAUUUCCGUGGCUGUUGAUCCGGAAAGCAGCGCAUUCCUCAUAUACACCAGCGGAAGUACGGGUAUACCCAAGGGCGUCAUGAUCCCCCAUCGCGCUAUUACUACUAAUGUGCCCGAGAUCGCCCAAACCUGGGGAUGGGACAGCAAUUCUAGGAUCCUUCAAUUCAUCGCUUACACUUUUGAUCCUAUGCUAGGAGACAUCUUCGGUGCACUGUUCACGGGUGCUUGUCUGUGCAUAAUAUCAGAUCACGACCGCAUGAAAGAUAUUACUCCUGUAAUCAACAACAUGAAGGUCAGCCACAUCGUGCUGACACCUUCACUUGCUCGGACGCUGCAGCCGGAGAAGUUGACAAGCUUGAAGUCCAUCGUGUGCGGUGGAGAGGCGAUCACCGAGCGCGACAUCGAGAUGUGGAAGGGACAUGUAGAGUUGAUCAAUGCGUAUGGCCCGACGGAAGCCACGAUCGCAGUUACGAGUCUACACUACAGCAGAAGAGGGGGAUUUGACGCACGCAACAUUGGAAGGCCGCUCAGGUUCAGCUCGCUGUGGGUUGCUGAUGCUGUCGACAUCAAGUGGCCAGUGCCGGUUGGGGCUGUGGGGGAGCUUCUAAUAGGGGGCCAGACUUUGGCGAAUGGAUAUUUGAAUGACGAGGAGAAGACUAGGAAUGCAUUUGUUAAUGCACCAAAGUGGACGGGGCUUGGUGAGUCGAAGGUGUAUCGCACGGGUGAUUUGGUGCGGUGGGCAUUCGACGGUACAAUACACUUUGUUGGCCGCAAAGAUACGCAGAUCAAGAUCCGAGGUCAGCGUGUGGAAGCCGGCGAGAUCGAAAAUGCUAUCAGGUCCAACUUGCCUGGACUGAAGGAUGUUGCCGUUGCAUUGACAACCCCACAGAACCGAUCAGUAGGCCCCGUUCUCACUGCGUUCUUAAGUUGGAACACCGAGUUGGAGUCCCACUACGACAGUCUUCUGGCGCGUCUUGCCGAGCCUUUGACCACCCAGCUGGUAGCACUCGAUGCCAAGCUUGCCGAUGCGCUGCCAUCGUACAUGAUCCCCGCCAUGUACAUCCCACUACAGUGCAUGCCACUCACGGUGUCUGGCAAGACUGAUGUGUCACGAUUGCAAUCUGUCGUUUCUGGCCUCAGCGAACCCGAACUAGCUCACUUCUCACUAUCGGAUGGACCAAAACUACAGCCCUCGACUCGUAUCGAGAAAAAACUCCAACAGAUCUGGUCGGAGGUUUUAGACUUGCAACCCAAACGAAUUGGCCAGGAUGACAGCUUCUUCCGACUGGGCGGCGACAGCCUUAGUGCGAUUCAACUCACUUCUCGGGCCAGUCAAGACGAGAUCCAUCUCACUAUCGCUCUGAUCUUUCAGAACCCGAAACUGAGUGACAUGGCAGCAGCAGCAGAGGACCUGUCCUCGCAGAGCGUCUACUAUCAACUUCAAGAGCAGUUCGGCAUUCUUAAGGAAUCAGUCCAGGACUUCUACCAGUGCACGCCUCUGCAGGAGUCGCUCAUGAUACUAUCCAUGAAAAGACCGGGCUCAUACCGUCAACGACACGCUUGGACAUUGCCAGCGUCCGUCAAUGUCGAUCUUCUCAAGACGGCCGUCAAUUUGGUUGCUCAAAAAGAACCGAUAUUGCGUACAAGGAUUGUGAAUAUGGAGUCCACUGGCUCCAUGCAGGUUGUGAUCAAGGAGGACAUCGAUAUCACAGAAACUCUUUCUGAGGCUGAGUUCUGGGUGUUGGAACGCAGUAUGACCAUGGCCUAUGGUCAGCCACUGCUGAAGUGCUGUGUUGUCCAACAAUCGGAAGAGGCACCUAAACUCCUGCUGACUAUACACCAUGUGCUAUACGACGAGUGGUCAAUAAAUCUUCUGCUCAACAGCAUUGAGGCUGUGUACCAAGGAGUUGUACAAGAUGAGGCAGUCUCUUUCAAAGUCGAAUCGUCGAGCUUGUCCGAUUUUAUGCAUUACUUUGCAAGGAGUAACGAAGGUGAAGCUGAAGCUUAUUGGAAAAAUCAGCUCUCUGGUGCGUCGCCAGUCGACUUCCCCCGACUGCCGAGUGCUUCGCAUCAGCCUGGGAAGUGCCAAAUCCUGCAUUCGCACUUCGAACUUCCGGCAAAACAAAGCACUUCGUACGAGUUGCCAGUCUUCCUCAAGGCUGCGUGGUCAAUCAUUAUGGCCAGAUAUUCUGGAACUGACGAUAUUACUUUUGGCCUCACAGUGCAGGGUCGCGAUGUGCCAGUGGAAGGUAUUGACACGAUCGUUGGCCCGACCCUGGCUACUGUCCCCCUCCGGAUGCAUAUAGACUGGAAUACCUCAAUCGAGCAGUUCAUCAGCAGUAUCCGCGAUCAAGCUAGCGACAUGAAAUCUUUCGAACACGUUGGCUUGCAGCGAAUCGCCCAAAGUGCCCCCGAAGCUGAAAAUGCGUGCAAUUUUCAGCAUCUGCUUGUUAUCCACGACCGAAGGCCAAUCGCUGCAUCAAAGGACUUCUGGAUCGAGACUCCUAUCGAUCAAAUAGAAGAGCUGGUAUCAUAUCCACUUACGCUUCAAUGCUACCUGAACGGUUCCGUUGUGGAAGUUGCAGUGAGUUAUGACGAGAUGGUUCUUGACGCUCACCAGCUGGAGCUUAUGCUCGCCAAUUUCGAGCAGACGCUUGGUCAACUUGUCACAACACCCGACCACCGACCGUUGAAAUCCCUCGAUCUGCUUGGAAACUAUGAUCGACGAGUCAUCAUGGAGCUAAAUAGCACUGUGUCCGCGGGCCUGGAGACGCGCAUCGAUCAGCUCUUCGAGAUUCAGAGAGCGGCACGGCCGAACGCCGAGGCCGUACAUUCCUGGGACGCUCAAUUCACUUACCAACAGCUAUACGAACAUGCUAUUCGCCUUGCGCAUCAUCUGCAAGUAUUAGGAGUGGGUCCCGAAGUCCUUGUACCGCUCUGUUUCGACAAGUCAGCGUGGACUAUUGUGGCUCAACUCGGGGUCCUGUACGCAGGAGGUGCCUUCGUGGUAAUGGAUGCCACCCACCCGGUUCAGCGUCUGCAGCAACUCAUUAAAGACACUAACGCUCACUUGGUCCUCGCUUCUGCCUCUCGUGAAGAUCUCUGCCGCACCUUCGCCCCUCAGGUCGUCCCUGUUUCGCCUGAAACAGUCGCGGCUUUUCCCAACAAAGCCUCUCCACCGUUCAACAAGGCUACUCCUAGGAACACUGCAUAUGUCCUGUUUACCUCUGGAUCGACUGGCAAGCCCAAGGGUGUCGUAACGGAACAUCGCGGGGUCUGUACGGCUGCCAUGGAGCAAGGAAAACGCAUCAACAUGAAUUCCAGUUCGCGUGUUUUGCAAUACGCGUCUUACGCCUUCGACUCCACCAUCUUAGAAACAUUCCACACUUUGUUCCACGGCGGCUGCAUUUGUCCUCUUUCUCAGGAGCAGCGCAUGAACGAUAUUGUCGGUGCCAUAAACCAGCUACAAGCGAACUGGGCCUUCUUCACGCCGUCUCUAGUCCGCACAUUUAAACCUGAGCAAGUGCCAUGUCUGAAGACUGUCGUUCUCGGAGGCGAGGCUCUGGGAAAAGACAACAUUGAGGCGUGGGCCAACCAAACGUGUCUUGUCAACGGUUACGGACCAACUGAGACAUGUGUGUUCUCGUCUAUACUCGAUCGCAUUACAGAGUCUGAUCGACCUGAUAAUAUUGGACGUGCCGUUGGCGGUGCAAACUGGGUUGUUGAUGCCCACGAUACGAAUGUUCUGGUCCCUAUCGGAGCUGUCGGAGAACUGCUAAUAGAAGGCCCAACUGUCGCUCGGGGCUACCUCAAUGACAAUAACAAGACCGAGGAAGCGUUCAUCAAGAGGCCGGUGUGGCUUGAUGAAGCCUUACUCGGACGGCCUGUUGAGAGAGUGUACAAGACAGGUGAUAUUGUCACAAUGAGGCCAGACGGCACAGUACUUUACAUCGGGCGAAAGGAUACCCAAAUUAAGAUCAGAGGCCAAAGAGUAGAGCUAGGCGAGAUUGAACACAGUCUCAAGCGCAAUCUACCCCAUUUUGCGCAUCUUGUCGUCCACCAGAUUCGCCUGCCGCGUAGAGACAAUACGAAGGUGCUUGCUGCAUUCCUCUGCAGGGAUGGGAAAGAAAAGGAAGGCAAACCGGAGACUCGUCGCAUCGAUUUGGAACUAUACUCAGACCUGAUGGCUCUAACGAGCACUAUUACGGACGCAUUGCCAGCAUACAUGAUUCCCACAAUGUUCAUAUUGCUGGAUUCGAUGCCGCUAUCAGGUUCAGGAAAGACAGAUCGCCGCCGCCUGCACGCAGUCGCCGAAACCCUCACAAACGAAGAGAUCACACACUUUUCUCUUGCUGACGUGAAGAAAAGAACGCCACUCAGUGAGAUUGAGAAGAAGAUGCAGAGCAUGUGGGCAACCGUCCUGAGCAUACCUGUCGAAUCAAUCGGAUGCGACGAUAGUUUUCUGCGUCUAGGAGGAGAUUCAAUUUCAGCUAUGAAGCUAGCAGCUCUUGCGCGCAAAGCUGGUAUCUCCAUUAUGGUGGACCAUAUCUUCAGGAACCCUACUCUGAGCGCCAUGUCUUCCAUCACUACGAAGAUGAUGGAAGGGGUUGCAGAGGAUCUCAAAGCAUUCUCGCUGCUUCGUGGACUGGAGCCUCUGGAAGCGAUCUUGGAGAAGCUCGAAAAGACAUACAGCAUUCCUCGGCAAUCUGUGCAAGACAUAUAUCCGACAUCCUCGCUUCAGGAAGGGUUGAUGGUCUUAUCGGUGCGUCAACCAGGUACCUAUAACUUCCAGUGGAAUGCUGUGUUGCCGCCGUCAGUGGAUCGUGAGCGAUUCCAGAGAGCAUGGCAGAUCUGCGUCAAGCGAAAUACGAUACUACGCACGAGAAUCAUUUACACCGAGCUUUCCGGCUCGUUGCAAGUUGUGUUGGACGAUGAAUUGCAGUGGACGACUACAGGCUCGCUCGAAGAUUAUUUGAAAGCUGAUAAGCUUGACAUCAUGGAUUACGGAAAAUCGUUGUCUCGCUGGGCUAUUGUCGAUGAUGACAGCGGCAAAACACAUUUUGUCUGGUCAGCGCAUCAUUCCAUCUACGAUGGUUGGGCAUUGCCGCUAGUGCUGCGAGAGGUAGCCCGCAUCUACCAUGCCACUGACGUGUCCCGCCUGUCUACGCCACCACCCUACGCGUGCUUCAUAAAGUAUCUCGAGAGCCGGGAUCAAGAUGCAGAAAUCACAUACUGGCAAUCGCAGUACCCUAAGGGUAAGGUCCUGUCAAACUUCCCGCCCGUACAGUCCUCGGCCAUUCAACCUCUGGCGAAUGUCACUGUCACGAAGGUGUUUGAUUUCGCUCCGGGCAAUUCAUCGACUUCAGGCAUCACAACUGCCACCUUGAUCAGAGCCGCCUGGGCUAUUGUGCUCUCACGAUAUGCGGAAGUGGACCAUGCUUUGUUCGGAGCCUUGCUAGCUGGUCGAAACGUGCCAAUCAAGGAUAUUGCUUCGAUGACAGGGCCGACCAUCACAACAGUACCGGUGCACAUUCAAGUCUCGCGAGAUCAAACAGUACACGCUUUCUUGGACGACGUACAGCGCCAAGCUGUCGAGAUGAUGCCGUUCGAGCAUACUGGUCUUCAGAAUAUCAAGCAGUUUACCCGCGAAGCAUAUGACGCCUGCAACUUCCAGAAUCUGCUCGUCAUUCAGCCCAAGCAGGAGAGCAGCGAGGCGGAUGAUUUGUGGCGCACUGGUGAUACGAUUGACUUUGCGUUCGAUGAGUUCCUGACCUACCCAUUAGUCUUCCAAGUCGUCCUUGGCAGCACUCUCGGCCUUACACUUAAGCUCGAUGAUCGACUAUUGAGUGCAGAGCGAGGCCAAAGGAUGCUGGAACAUUUCUCGCAUGUGAUACAACAGCUAUCCGAGGCGAACACACAGACUCUCGCUGAUAUCGACAUCACAUCCCCAAUUGAUCUUGCUGAAUUGCAGCAAUGGAACGAUCCGACAACUGUUGUCAAACCCACGACAACGAAGACUGUGCACAACCUGAUCAUUGAUCAAGCGAGACAGUCCCCAAACUCUGCCGCUGUAUGCUCCUGGGACGGCAACUUCACCUACGCGGAGCUCGACACGCUGUCGACACGUGUUGCGACCCAUCUCAGAAAUCUUGGUGUUGAUCUUGAGACAUACGUAUUAUUCUGCUUCGACAAAUCAGCAUGGGCUAUCAUAGCCAUGCUAGGAAUCCUCAAGGCGGGAGCAGCCUACGUCGCCGUCGACCCUAUGCACCCACCAGAUCGCAAGGCAUUCAUAGCUCGCGAGGUUCUCGCAACAGUGGCUGUGACUAGCCCUCAACACCAACAUAUGUUCUAUCCUUUAGUUGAUCAUGUGAUCGGAAUUGACCGCAUUUCCGUUGAAGAUUUCGCGUUCAAUAGAUCUUUACCCUCUGUGCCUCCGUCAAACCCAGCAUUUGUUGUGUUCACCAGUGGUAGUACCGGUACCCCGAAGGGUAUAGUAAUGGAGCACGGUGCUUUUUCGGCUGGGGCGCUCUCUCAUGCUCCGGCCCUCAACAUCAAUUGUAACGCACGAGUACUGCAAUUCGCCGCAUAUACUUACGACGUGAGCAUGGGCGAGAUCUUUUCGACUUUGAUGCAUGGAGGUUGCGUAUGCGUGCCAACUGAAGAAGAGCGACUAAGCAAUCUAGCGGGCGCAACCGAUUCCAUGUGCGCAACUUGGCUGUUCCUUACGCCGACAGUUGCGUCUCUUGUGAACCCUGCGAGCGUGCCGACACUCCAAUAUGUAAUCCUAGGUGGCGAACAUGCAACGACAGUCAAUAUUCAGUCCUGGGCCGAACACGUACAUCUCACAAACAGCUAUGGACCCGCAGAGUGUGCCAUUUGGACGAACCAUGCGGCUGGUCUGAAAUGCGACGCCGACCCCUCGAACAUCGGUCACCGCAUUGGCUCACAAUUAUGGAUCGUAGAGGCAGACAAUCACGACAGAUUGAUCCCCACCGGCUGCAUCGGCGAACUGGUCGUGGAAAGCCACAGCUUAGCGAGAGGAUACCUGAACGAUCCCGCGAAAACAGCAGCUGCAUUCAUUGAAGCACCGAAGUGGGCUGGAGCUGGUCGGCGAAUGUACAAGACGGGCGACUUGGCGAAGUACAACUUUGACGGCACCCUGAGCAUUGUCGGGCGUAAAGACAAUCAAGUAAAGCUCAAUGGACAACGAAUGGAGCUAGGCGAAGUGGAGCAUCACCUCUGCGCUGAUGAGGAAGUGAACAAGGCGAUGGCUAUCGUGCCAACUGCGGGUCCUUGCAAGGAGCAUUUGGUCUCGGUUGUCUCUUUGAAAACUAUCAAUAAGACGCUUGGAGGCGCUGAAUUUGUGUUGGUUGGUGGAGAUCAGAAGAAGGAGGUCGGUUCACAGAUCUCACGGCUUCGAGAGAAGCUUGGAAGCAAGCUGCCCAAGUAUAUGAUCCCAACCUUUUGGAUCGUCCUCGAAGACCUUCCUCUUAACGCUUCCGGCAAACUGGACCGAAGAAGGGUUUCUGAAUGGAUCAAAGAGAUGGACAAUGAAAAACAUCGCAGCGCGAUAGAACUUGCGCAAAGCGACAAGAUCAAGACAAAGCCAUCAAACAAGAUUGAGUCGAGCAUCCGAAGGCUCUGGAGCAAGGUGUUGGGCGUUGGCGAGGAAACGCUGAGCAUGGAUGAUAAUUUCUUACAAAUUGGCGGUGAUUCGAUUUCCGCAGUAAGACUGACGGCUGCUGCACGUCAAGAGGGCAUCACUCUGCUCGUAAGAGAGAUAUUCCAGAAGCCGGUGUUGAGAGCCAUGAGUGCUGCCGCGAAGUGGGAAGAGGUGGUAGAUCAGGUGGCGUACGAGCCAUUUUCUGUGUUUACGAAAGACCAAAAGAAGGCCGCACUAGAGAAUGUCGCAAGAAAAGCAUCUCAGCCUAUUGACAACAUCGAGGACGUGCUCGAAGCAACGGACUACCAGUCUUGGACUCUGGCGGCUGGCCACCUUCGAACUCGCGGAUACAUAAACUAUUUCGGCAUCAGGUUCGAGGCGAAGCUGGACAUGAAAGAGCUUAGGAAUGCUUGCUGGUCGGUGAUUGCACGCCACCCAAUCCUGAGAACCGUCUUGGUCGUGCAUAACCAGCGCUUGCUGCAGGUGGUUCUUAGAUUGUACGAGCCGGAUUACACCUGUUACGAAUAUCAAGACAAGACCAGCGACGAGGCUAUACCUCGUGCUCUGAUCGAAAAAGAUAUGGGCCGACCGGUCAACCUAGGAGACGGCAUGAUGCGAUUUAUCCUCGUUAAGCAGCGCGAUAACAGCCACUGCCUCGUGCUCCGGAUCUCGCACGCCCAAUACGACGGCAUAAGCUUGCCCAGCAUUCUUCAAGACAUCAAAGCCGCCUACGAAGGCUCCGUUCUUUCCAACAGCAAGCCCUACUCCUCCUUCAUCUACAACGUGCGCAAACAGGAUCCCCACCAAUGCGAAACUUUCUGGUCGGCCUUUCUUAGAGAUUCGCACAUGACAAAUAUUCUCCGCCACAAAAAGCUUCCCUACAAAAACCCCGUCAACCGUAUGCUAAGCCGCGCCGUCACGCCUUCUUCCCUCAACAUACAAGGCGUCACGUUCGCCACUACAGUAAAAGCAGCCUGGGCCCUCGUCCUGUCCUCCCUCGCACUCACGUCCGACACUGUCUUCGGCCAGGUCGUCUCCGGCCGCAACGGCUCACUAGCCGGCAUACAACACGUUGUCGGCCCCUGCAUGAACAUCCUCCCCUACCAGCACCUCGCUAGCAUGCCGUACGAGAACUAUGGCAUGCGGCAGAUCAUCGAGCGCUGCACCAGUUGGCCUAAAGCGACGCGAUUCAGCUCUAUACACCAGCAUACUAACUUUGGCAAGCAAUUCUUCGGAGAAGUGCUAUCUGCUAGCGCAGGCAGUGAAAUGACGGGCUACAGUCCGCCUCAUGAUGUCGCGGAUGUAUGGAUUUGGACUGCACCUGUGAGCGAGGGUAUGUUCUCUGUGGACCUUACGUUUGCGGAUAGUGUUUUGGGGGAUGAGAUAGCGCAGUUGAUGCUGGAUAUGCUGUGCAACAACAUUGAGAGUAUCUCUGCGAACCAGGAUGCUAGGAUCUUGAUGCCCUCUGGUAGUGCUACGCGAAUACCGAUUGCGUAUGACGAAGAGAAAGCCAAGGCGAAAUACUUCGCUGAGGUGGAACCGCAGGCUGCACUGUCAAUCACUGGUGCGGAGAAGAUUGUUGCGCAUGCCUGGGAGAAGGUCUUUGGCGCUGACGCGAGCGAGGACCAGGAUCUAGAAUGGUGGGACAUCAGAGGCGAUCUGAUGCCAGCUGUGCACUUGGCUGAGAUAUAUAGCAAGGCCACAGGUGCAAGUGUCAGUGUGGAGAGUGUCAUUGAGAAUGGCAGCAGGAAUGAGCAGAUCAGGCUACUGAGAGGGGAAUAG